CUGGAGCCAUCGGUCCUCCCGCUGCUCGGGGAGCCUCGGGGCGCGGCGUGGGCAUGGCUCGCCCGGCGUGGGGGCUGCUGUGGCUGCUGCUGGGCAGCGCCGGCGCGCAGUACGAGAAGUACAGCUUCCGAGGCUUCCCGCCGGAGGACCUGAUGCCUCUGGCCACGGCCUACGGCCACGCUCUGGAGCAGUACGAAGGCGAGAGCUGGCGCGAGAGUGCGCGCUACCUGGAGGCGGCGCUGCGGCUGCACCGGCUGCUGCGCGACAGCGAGGCCUUCUGCCACGCCAACUGCAGCGGCCCCGCCGCCGCCGCCGCUGCCUCGCAGCCCCCGCCCGCGCCCGGCCCGGACGCUGACCGCGACGGCGGCGACGGGGAGGACUGGGCGCGCGAGCUGCGGCUCUUCGGCCACGUCCUGGAGCGCGCCGCCUGCCUGCGGCGCUGCAAGCGGACGCUGCCCGCCUUCCAGGUCCCCUACCCGCCGCGGCAGCUGCUGCGCGACUUCCAGAGCCGCCUGCCCUACCAGUACCUGCACUACGCGCACUUCAAGGCGAACCGACUGGAGAAGGCGGUGGCUGCGGCCUACACCUUCCUCCAGAGGAACCCCAAGCACGAGCUGACCGCCAAGUAUCUCAGCUACUACAGGGGGAUGCUGGAUAUCGGAGAUGAAUCCCUUACGGACCUAGAGGCCCAGCCCUACGAGGCUGUGUUCCUCCGGGCUGUGAAGCUCUACAACAGCGGGGACUUCCGCAGCAGCGCAGAAGACAUGGAGCGGGCCCUGGCUGAGUACAUGUUGGUCUUUGCUCGGUGUCUUGCUGGCUGUGAGGGGGCCCAUGAGCAGGUAGACUUCAAGGACUUCUACCCAGCCAUAGCAGAUCUCUUUGCAGAGUCCCUGCAGUGCCAGGUAGACUGCGAAGCCAAUCUCACCCCCAACGUGGGCGGCUACUUCGUGGACAAGUUUGUGGCCACCAUGUAUCACUACCUGCAGUUUGCCUACUACAAAUUGAAUGACGUGCGCCAGGCUGCCCGCAGUGCUGCUAGCUACAUGCUCUUUGACCCCAAGGACAGUGUCAUGCAGCAGAACCUGGUGUAUUACCGCUUCCAUCGGGCUCGCUGGGGGCUUGAAGAAGAGGAUUUCCAGCCCCGGGAGGAGGCCAUGCUCUACCACAACCAGACCUCUGAGCUUCGGGAGUUGCUGGACUUCACACACAUGUACCUUCAGGCUGAUGAUGAGAUGGAGCUGGAGGAGACAGAAUCACCCCCCGGUGAACCAGGGGAGACAGAAGAACCCCCGUCUGAUGCUGAGUUUGAAGGGGAGGGAGACUAUGAAGAGGGCUUCUAUGCUGACUGGUGGCAGGAGCCAGAUGCCAAGGGCGAUGAGGCGGAGGCUGAACCAGAGCCUGAACUGGCAUAAGAGUGGU